GCCGCCAUGUUGGCUUUCGCCGCCUGCCCUCCUUCGUGGAACACGGAGCUAGUCCCUCGGCGGUGGCAGUCAUUUUGCCACCGCAAGGAGGAAGACAACGUGCGAAGUGUGACUGAGCAGAAACACAGAAAGAGCCUGGAACCCGCGGACGGCAUGGAGCUGCCAUGUCGGCCCUGGAUGUAACGGGAGAGGAAUGGGCCGCUGUUGGGCUCAGCCACCGUACGCAGGCUUCGGGUCCGCAGGGCUGGCCGAACGCAGUCCUGACGUGCGCGGGGCUGGACAGAAAGGACCCAGAGCCCGAGUCCCAGCCCUGCUUCCGGACCUUUCUGCCGUGGCCACAACUGAGGAGCCUGAUGUGCACAGCAGGUGCGAAAGCCCGGCCGGCAGCAGCCUGGGAGAUGAAGGUCUGCGCCUGGGGCCUGUGGACACAGAUGUGCAUGUGGGUUUGAACCCCGCUGCCCUGUGGCCACGGGCUCGCUGCCCCGAGAACAUGACAACAGCCCGGAACGGCCAUGGCCGACUCGCCGCGAUCCCCUGUUCCGUCUCUGAUUCCAAAGACCCCAAAAUGGUGACCUACCCAGCGUGUCAGAAUGGAGGCUGCGGCAGCAACCCCUGCGGGGAUGCGGAAGGCGCCGCGGAGGCCAGACUCAGCCCCGCCAGGCUCAUCCGCCUCUUCUCCGUGAGCAGGAAGAGGGCCAGCGCCAACCCGGAAAGGCCCCGCUCCAUGGUCCUGAUGGGAAAUUCCUCCACCUGGAACGCCCUUGCCUCCUUCCGGAAAAUGGGGUCUUUUAAGAAACUGAAGUCCUCCGUCCUUCAGGGAAUUCAGAACCGAGAGGGGUCAGAUGCGGCAAAGGAAGACGCCCCGCAACGCGACCCGGGGAAACCCAUCCCGAACGGUGCUGCCGCCGGAACGCACACCGGCAGGUGCCCCUCCGCGGGGGCGGCGAGCGACCCCGCCGCCAAGGCGGCUCCCGGGGCCGCGUCGGACUGCUCCGACCCCGAGGAGGCCGACGACGCCUUCCAGAGGAGCACCCACCGGUCCCGCAGCAUCCGCCGCGCCUACGGCCUGGGCCGCAUCAGCUUCCUGGAUGGCGAGAAGCAUCAGGGGUCCCAGAACCACGUCGGGCCCCUGGCCCCCGUCUCCCAGGAGCCCGCGCUGUGUGAGAUCCUAGUGAAAGAUUCCGAGAACAACAGCAUCGUCUACCGGAAAAGCAAGAGCACCGACAACUUGAACUUUCUGAAGAAGAGCUCCUUCAAACGGAAGUCCACCUCGAAUCUCAUGGACCUCAAGGGGGCGCCCGAAAAGCCCGCGCCCCGGAGGACGCUGAGCAGUUCGUCCGCCGACUCGGAGAAGUUCGGUGGGGCCGAGAGGAGGACGAAACGCUGGAAGAGCCCGCUGCGGGCCAGGGACUUCGACAGAGUCCUGAGGUUUGUGAGCAGCGCCGCGGACGCGGCCUGGCGGAGAGAGAGCCCCCGGAGCGGGGCGCCCCCGCCGGGCGAGGCCAGCCAGAGGCUGCAGGUGCACAGCAGGCUGCACGACGCCUACUCCCGCCGCGUGUCCACCAGCGCCGAGCGCGAGUGGAGGAGGUGCGCAGGCGCAGGCGCGCACGCCGCCCCGGGCUGUGGCCCGGCGGGGGCGGGGAGCCCCCCGGUGGACGCGGCCGCGUGUCCCCUCGAAGCCGCAGGCUCCCGGGCGGCGGCGAGCGCGGGUCCUGGCGCCGGCAGCGCCUCGGCGAGUCCGGCUGCCGAGGACCCGGGCGGACGCCAAGCUGGCAGCCGGUUUACCUUCGAGCCGGAGCAGCCGCUCACCCCCCAAAGGCCAACCACGCCCAAGCCCCCCAGCCCUCAGAGCCCGGGCGCAGGAAACGCCACGUGUCCCAGCAGUCUCAGCGCGCUGUCCCUGAGUUCAGUGGACAGUGAAGAGAGGGCAGAGGGGCCCGCGUCCUCCCAGGAUUCGGCGCAAGCCACGUGUGACAAGGGCAGUGACGACAGCAGCGUCGGCAGCCACCCUCAGCUGAGCCCCCACCUGGUGUCGGGUCCCGAAGAAAGGAGGGAGGAGGUUGUGGCUGAGGAAUCCUGGAGGCGGGGCUCAUCACGGGAUGAAGAGAGGACAGAGGCUCAGAGGAUCACCAGGAGGAAGUGGGGUUCUGGGAGAAGGUCAAGGCCCCGACCGCUCUCCGACUAUGGCCAGUUGGCCAACCGAAGUCUCUCUAUUCCUGAAGACUCCAUUGCUGUGGACCCCCAGAAAGAGGACACUGUGGACGGGGACCAGCAGCCAAACACGGCCUCCAUGGACCCUGCAGACCAGAACCCUGCCGUGGGCUGUCCCAAAGGCGGCCGGAGAAGACGCCCCAUCUCUGUGAUAGGCGGGGUCAGCUUCUAUGGGAACAGCCAGACAGAGGAAAUAGAGAGUCUUCUGACCCAACCGGCGGCCAGGCCUCCCGUGCCAGCUCACCAGGUGCUGCCCUACAAGGCGGUUUCGGCCCGGUUCCGGCCCUUCACCUUCUCCCAGAGCACCCCCAUCGGACUGGACCGCGUGGGGCGCCGGCGGCAGAUGCGAGCGUCCAACGUCUCUUCAGAUGGAGGUACCGAGUCCUCUGCCUUAGUGGAUGACAACGGCAGCGAGGAGGAUUACAGCUAUGAAGACAUCUGUCAGGCCAACCCCAGAUACCUCCAGCCGGGCGGGGAACAGCUGGCCAUCAACGAGCUGAUCAGCGAUGGCAGUGUGGUCUGCGCAGAGGCCCUAUGGGACCACGUGACCAUGGACGACCAGGAACUGGGCUUCAAGGCAGGAGAUGUCAUCCAGGUUCUGGAAGCCUCUAACAAGGACUGGUGGUGGGGCCGGAGUGAAGACAAGGAAGCCUGGUUCCCCGCAAGCUUUGUCAGAUUGCGUGUCAAUCAGGAAGAGCUGUCGGAGAAUUCCAGCAGCACCCAGGGUGAGGAGCAGGAGGAGGAUGCCGACAAGAACCGCCACAGACACUUGGAGAGCAAGCACCAGAUGAGGACCAAUGUCAUCCAGGAGAUCAUGAACACUGAGCGGGUGUACAUCAAGCACCUCAAGGACAUCUGUGAGGGCUAUAUCCGACAGUGUCGCAAACACACGGGAAUGUUCACUGUUGCGCAACUAGCCACCAUUUUUGGAAACAUUGAAGAUAUUUACAAAUUCCAAAGAAAGUUCCUGAAAGACCUUGAGAAACAGUACAAUAAAGAGGAACCUCAUUUAAGUGAAAUAGGAUCCUGCUUUCUGCAACACCAAGAGGGCUUUGCCAUCUACUCUGAGUACUGUAACAACCACCCGGGCGCCUGCGCGGAGCUGUCCCGCCUGAUGAAGCAGGGCCGCUACCGACACUUCUUCGAAGCCUGCCGCCUGCUGCAGCAGAUGAUCGACAUCGCCAUCGACGGGUUCCUGCUGACGCCGGUGCAGAAGAUCUGCAAGUACCCUCUGCAGCUGGCCGAGUUGCUCAAGUACACCACGCAGGAGCACAGUGAUUACAACAAUAUAAAGGCAGCCUACGAAGCCAUGAAGAACGUAGCCUGUUUGAUCAACGAGCGCAAGCGCAGGCUGGAAAGCAUAGACAAGAUAGCACGGUGGCAGGUGUCCAUCGUGGGCUGGGAGGGGCUGGAUAUCCUCGAGCGGAGCUCGGAACUGAUCCAUUCCGGGGAGCUGACCCAGGUCAGCAGGCACGGCAAGAGCCAGCAGCGGACGUUCUUCCUGUUUGACCACCAGCUGGUGUCGUGCAAGAAGGACCUGCUGCGCAGGGACGUGCUCUACUACCGAGGCCGCACGGACAUGGACGAGGUGCGGCUUGUGGACCUGGAGGACGGGCGGGACAAGGACUGGAACCUCAGCGUGAAGAACGCCUUCAAGCUCGUCAGCAAAACCACCGACGAGGUUCACCUGUUCUGUGCCAAGAAGCAGGAAGACAAGGCGAGGUGGCUGCAGGCCUGCGGUGACGAGAGGAGGCGCGUGCGGGAGGACCGCGAGAUGGGAAUGGAAAUUUCAGAAAAUCAAAAGAAACUCGCCAUGCUAAAUGCUCAAAAGGCAGGACACGGGAAGUCAAAGGGCUACAGCGCGUGCCCGGUGGCCCUGCCGCACCAGAGCUUGCACCCGCUUCACCAGCGCCACGUGACCGUGCCCACCAGCGUCCCCCAGCAGCAGGUGUUUGCCCUGGCAGAACCCAAGAGAAAGCCCUCGCUCUUCUGGCACACGUUCAACAGACUCACCCCUUUCAAGAAGUGAAAACGGAAGGCCGCGCCUCUGCCGAGGUGUCCGCAAAGAGGAGAACCAGUUUUGUUUCUCGCGUGCUGACCCCGGUGCUGAGAACUUGUUUCGGGGGAUCCGUGGGGAACAGAAGGGCGCGGACGCACCUCAGCGCUCAGAGGCCCGGCUCCCCCCUGGGAGGGAGGCGAAGGUCGUGAGGCGCGGCCCCGAUGUCCACGAGACCCCUCCGUGAUCCGUGCCGAGCCGGCCGGGCCCUGGGAACCAGCGACGACCUCAGGGAAGCCGAGCGGUGACCCCAGCGGGCAUCGCCGUGACGGGCACGCACAGUGCUGCCCUUCCUGAGGACGGACCGGAUCGCACUGUCACCGUUGCACGUGGGUUCCAGGGGGACGGUAGCGAUGGGCUUGGUGCGAAGGUGUCUCGCCAGCACCGGUAAGCUCUGCCUCUCUUCCAGUGUUAGGGGACUUCCCGCCACAGCGCACGUGGCCAUCGUGUCCCCUGGUGUCCUCUGCAUUGUUGCCAAAUAGCGCAGGCUGCCUCUUGCCAGAUGCGUCCCCCACAGGCUGGAGGGUCGAGCGCCCUGAAUCCCUCACGCGGAGGGCAGUCGGGGUCACUGAAGCCUCCUGAAGCUGCCGCUGCUUACGGGAGAGAGUGCCGCGUCCCGCCGCGGGCUGGUGUCAUCCUUGCCCCCCCCCCCCCCCCCCCCCGGCGGACACCCUCCUGCCGGAGCGCGGCGGAAGUCACACGCACUCACACGCUGUGACCUAACAGACUAAUCGGACGCACCUGUUUGCGAUAUGAAACCCCACCUGCUUUAAUUUUACGAUAAAUUAACGCACCUGCAGCUGUUGCAAGGCGUUCUUAGAACAUCCGAGGUUUUCCCACCAGUUGUCGGGGCGUCCCCACCAAUCCUGUGACGGCGACCCGAACGGUCCGCCGAGAAAGCACGCGGUUCCCAGCAGCCCCCCUCGGGACCCGAAGCCGAAGCCGACUUCUCCUGCAUAAACUCCACACCCAGCGGGGCCAGCCCCGGCCUUACUGUGCUGUCAGGAGGCUUCCGGAGAUCCGUUCGGUAAGAAUGAACGAAGAGUACACGUCGCCCCAGACACGGCCGUCCUCUGUCCCGGGGGCCACGUGGGCCGAGGCCUGUCGGUCGCAAUCUCCUGGUCUUCGCCCGCGUUGUAAACCCGGAGGGAAAGAACUCGGACGCGCGUCUCCAGAAGACGGGCUUCGCAAGGGCCACGCCGUUGAAACGCACCCGGGGCGCCGGACGGGGCAGCGCGGGAGACGCCCGUGGCUUCCGUCUGAGAAGCCCUUGCCGUGUGCUCCCCGGCGGCCGUGCUGGACGGGAAACCCGGAGCGCCGCAGCCAGAGGGGGUGGCCGUGCCUCCGAGGGCCCGGCCCCCUCCUUUCUCCCCCACCUCCCCUCCACCCAGGGCCGGCCCCAGAGGCGGUGACGUCACGCGUCCAGAAGACGAGACCCUGGACGUGGAGCGGGCCUCGGAGCGCCAUCUGGAAGUCGGGCCCGUCGCGACCCCGCUGCGCCGCGUCGAGGUGCUCGCCCGCCCGCGUGUCGUGUCGCCGCGAGCCGGUACUGCCCUGCGGCCGGCCGCCCGGGGCUGCUGCCGGGGCCCUUAACGCCCCGGCUCCGCUCCCGGGAGGACGGCGGCGUCCGAGAGGGGGCUGCUCGGGAGGCGCCGUGGCUCUGCGGGGCCGGGCGAGUGCGCGCGUGCGCCGUUCCGGGUCUGAGGGGAACGCCCCCUUUUAGUUGCGUUUAUGUAACUGACCCUUCUGCUAACAGAACGCAACGAUAGAUUUCGAAAACCACGCUUAACGCGCUUUUUGUGGGCCCCUUAGUAAUAGCCGUAGGAGUCUCUGUGCUAAACGGAGUCGUUAGUCUAUACGACAAUUUUGGACAGUUGUUUUUGUUUUUUUUUUAAUCUAAGAAAAUUGCUUUAGGGAAGAAAAGAGAAACGUUUGCUUGUGUCACAUUUUCGAUGAGGAUUGAAUUCAACCGAAGAGCCACUUUAGGGCUCCCAUUUACUGAUACUAAUGCGCAGUGAGGAGGGGCUUAAAUUCUGUGACCACGGUUGAUUUCCCCGCCCGGCCCCAGCUUCUGGGUGCCACCUGUCCCUCCGUGGAUUCUCUAGCAGAAGAAGGAAGCUCGGACCCCAGGGCCUUCACGAGGCUGCCCCGUGAACUUGGGACAGUGUGGAGAGUCACACGAUCAAAUCUCCACCCUGAGUGGAUACUGCCUGAAAUCUUAGGCGAUUUUGAAAACUGAGACUUUUUUUUUUUUAAGGUAGAAUGCCUUUGACGUCUUUAAAUCUGUUUGUCUAGCUUGAGUUCUUUUUUUUUUUUUUUCCUUACCAAACGCCUGAGUUCUAUAAAGAAUACGUGGCUCAAGUAUUCUAAUCGUAGGUUUUUGCCAAACUUUCCUUCUUAAUUUAAGUCACGUGUUCCUCUUGGGAAGAAAAAGAGAAGCCAAGAGCCUCCUGUGUGGAUUCUGUGUGUUUGGGAGUCUUGCUUUUCCCUGUUUGUCUCAUUUUAACCCCCCCUUGCAUACUCUGGAUGCCCCCCCAGCUCCCCCACACACACACUCACACACAACCACAAAGAUGGCACAACACUUUGACAGAUUUCACUUAUUCUACUAUUUAUAUUUCAGAAUUUGCCAACUCUUUUGGAAGACCACUCAAAUGACUGUGAGUCAAAAGCAGCCUUCUCAGUUUUAAUCCUACCAAAAACGCACAACCACCUUGCAGUAAAUCGUAAACCAUCAUAAAAUGGGACAUUUGUAAAAUCCUAGAGAAACACCAUUCUGUAUCUUUGGCCCACAGAUAAGAAAAAGGAUGACAGCAAUGUGCUAGAGCUUUCUCGGGGUCCCUUCUUCAUAGUGUGAUUUUCAGUAGAUCUCUUUUCCCCGGUAGAUCUGAGGUUGUUGUUGAAAACAUUUCACCCCCGGGCUCCAUGCUGUUUCUGAAUAUUGUUGUGCCUUUUUAUACCUAGUCCAGACAAAGACCAACUCCAAGCCUGUUCAGAAAAUCCCCUCGAUCCUACGUUGCUGUUGUCUAGACACAAAACAAAAGUGCAUUUAAUUCAGACUUUGUUUCACGGUGGAAAUCUUUUCGUAAAAGCCACAAUCCAGCACCUGUGAGUUGGAAAUAAAUCUCUACGUGCCCCAAUUGCUGGUCUUUCUCAACACAGAUAAGUCCACUUAUUUACCCGAAUAGAGCAGCCCGAGUACCUGGAGUCAGGAAGAAGCGUGCUGUAUGGUCGUUUUAUGGAAGAGAGCAGAAACACAUGUGUCCCUCACAGGCCAGCGGUGACAAGUGUGGAUAAAUGUCCCUUUGAUGGCUGACAGGCCAGGGAUGCUGGACACAGAUCGGCGAGGCCAAACCGCUCAAAAGCAGGUGUCCCUGUAAGAAGCUUACCCUACAAAUGUCCUUGUCAGAAUUCCACUUGGCUGAUGCUGUUCUCUGCAGCAGAAGUAGAGUUCAAAUGGUUUUGAAUAGAAUAAGCAGCCAACUGUCUGAUCUUGAAAAGAGAAACCCAGAAGCUUAAAUAUUUGAUGCAAAUAUACUUAGCUACAGCACGCUUAACUUUAUUGUCUUAGUUCUGUCAUAGGCAUCAACCUUUAUAUUUAGAAAAUCCUUUAACUGAUUCUGUAAUUUAAUAAUUAAUUGGUCUCUUUUGUAAAUAUUAGCAUCAGUUGUGUUUACCCAUUUUGCAAACUUUUAAUAACCUUCUCCUUGAUUUUUAACUCAUCAACAUCAAGACAAUGUUGUUAAGCCAAGUGACAGCUUCGAAACUGAUGAAUUAGCUGUUGACAGCUCAACUAUGUUGUACCAGACUGCUAUAACUUGAUAGGUAUUUCUGUUGAAUGAAGUUUUUGUAAAAA